CUCAAUCUCACCCGCACUGCUUCUCAUCGUCUCCCAUAAAUCGAACUCAUUGCACGCUGCUCACAAACCAAGUUUCUGCAUCCAUCAUCGCCACCCUCGUCUCUACUUUCGAACCCAUCCAGCCCAUCCCGUUCACAUCCGCGAUUUAAAUCGACUACGUCAGCCCGUUAUCCACCAUGCGCUCCAAGUUCAAGGACGAGCAUCCCUUCGAAAAGCGCAAGGCCGAAGCUGAGCGCAUCCGCCAGAAAUACGCAGACCGCAUUCCAGUAAUCUGCGAGAAGGUUGAAAAGUCGGACAUUGCAACCAUCGAUAAGAAGAAAUACCUCGUCCCAGCAGAUCUCACGGUGGGCCAGUUCGUAUAUGUGAUUCGCAAGCGCAUCAAGUUGUCACCCGAGAAAGCCAUCUUCAUCUUUGUCGAUGAGGUGUUGCCGCCCACCGCUGCCCUGAUGAGCAGCAUCUACGAGGAGCACAAAGAUGACGAUGGAUUCCUGUAUAUUACAUACUCUGGCGAGAAUACGUUCGGAAACUAAGUUCGGGGCUUCCGGAUUUUGAAAUAAUCAAAUUAGCUCGCAAUCCUAGUGUGUACGGGGAAGCGCCAAGGAUCCCGGUUUUUAUUCGAUGGCUCUAAGUAUUAAUAUCAAGAGUGUUCAUGGAUUUGGUCUUCUUCGGCACCCCUAUCCUUCUCCCAGCAUACUUCCCACCCUUUUUGGACUCGUUCUUCCUGGGACAAAAUACAUAAGAAAUCGGAAUGACUGCGGUGCUUGGUGUUCUGCUUGCUUGCAACGGCGUUUUUGCUGUGAGUUAACGUCUGCUUUGCUUUGAUUGCAUCAUCACUCAAUGGACCCGACCAAAGUUGUGGUCAAGAUGUUUGGUGGUGCAAGAUUGAGUCAUUUCUGGUAGUGGUUCAUUUUGUCAGGUUUGUGAUUAGUAUGAUAAUGAACAUGGUUGUCUGCACAUUACGAUUAUUUUUAUAUCUAAAUGGAACUAUAUUCCAAACCUCC